UCGGGAAACCGGGCGGUGAUUCCCCUCCUUACCUUACCGGAGGAAUAAGAUCGAUUGUUUCGGAUGGAGCACUUUCUCUGGGAUUUCACGCCGCGAGCGUGAUCCACACCUAGCCGUGGGCACUUGGAGGUGGGAUUUAGCCACAAAGACCCCUUGGCAGCACCGGACCCCAGCCCCCACCGCGUGUGUCCACGGGAAAAUGGAUAAACUGACAGUGAUAUCAGGGUGUCUCUUCCUCGCUGCAGAAGUCUUCGCCAUCGCCAGCAUCGCCAACCCGGACUGGAUCAGCACCGGAGAGGCGGCCGGCUCUCUGACUGUCGGCCUGGUCCGACAGUGCCAGACCAUUCACGGCCGAGAUCGGACCUGCAUCCCGCCGCACAUGCCCCCGGAGUGGGUCACCACCCUUUUCUUCAUCGUGCUGGGCGUCCUCUCGCUGACCGUCACUUGCUUUCUGCUGGUCAUGUCCCACUGGCGCCGGGAGGUCAUCCGGUACGCACGCUGGAUCGCCUUCACAGGGCUGGUCCUGUUCUGUAUGGCCGCCCUCAUUUUCCCAAUCGGCUUCUACGUCAAUGAGGUUGGAGGACAGCCAUACAAGCUGCCCAACAACACCGGGGUGGGUUCCUCCUAUGUGCUCUUUGUCCUGUCCAUAUUUUUCACCAUCGUGGGCCUGCUGUUCGCCGGGAAGGUUUGCUUGCCCGGUUGACAUACUUUACGCACGGCAACACUUUGCCAUUUGGAGGCCGAAAAUGCAAACCCUUCCCCCCCCCCCCCCUCUUGAGAG